UAUUCUUCUUCUAUAGUUUUUAUACAUAAACAAAUACUUAGUCUCCACCACUUACACAGAUCAUUGCUUCCAACACAAACGUUUCUUCUUCCAUAGCAUCUGAAACAUCGGCGCAUCUUAAUCCCAAACAGGGUUUAUUAGGGUUCUUGAUUUCAUCCAAUGGGUUCUUACUCGGCUGGCUUCCCUGGAUCUUUGGACUGGUUUGAUUUUCCCGCUUUAGGAAAUGGAUUAUAUCUAAAUGAUCAACCUUUGUUAGAUACUGGAUCUGUUCCUCCUCUUCCUCCAGAGCCGCCAUCAUAUUCUCAACAGAAUCUUGCUUCUGCGGAUGCUGAAUUCUCUGAUUCGGUUUUGAAAUACAUAAGCCAAGUGCUAAUGGAAGAAGACAUAGAAGACAAGCCUUGUAUGUUUCAUGAUGCUUUGUCUCUUCAAGCAGCUGAGAAAUCUCUCUAUGAAGCUCUAGGAGAAAAGUACCCUGAAGAUGAUGCAUCUCACCCUAUGAGUAUUACUACUACUAGGCCUGCUCAUUUGGUUAGUAGCCCUGGUGGUUCUUCUUAUACUUCAAGCAUCACAACCACUUCCUCUGAUUCACAAUGGAGUUUUGAUUGUUUGGAGAAUAAUAGGCCUUCUUCUUGGUUGCAGACACCGAUUCCGAAUAACUUUGUUUUCCAGUCCACUUCUAUGAGAUCUAGUCCAAGUCCACAGUCUGUUGUUGGUGGCGGUAAUGCGGUUUUCGUGUCAAGUUUUAGUAAUGAUUUGGUUUCUAAUAUGUUUAACGAUAAGGAAAUGGAGUUACAGUUCAAGAAAGGGAUGGAGGAAGCUAGUAAGUUCCUUCCUAAGAGUUCUCAGUUGGUUAUAGACAUUCCGGCUUUGGGAUCCAAGGGGAAGGAUAACUCUGUUCCUUACAGAAUGACCGGGAAGAAAAGCCAGUUGCGUGAAGAUGAAGAUUCUGAUGAAGAAAGAAGUAAGAAGCAAGCAGCUGUUUAUGUUGAUGAAUCUGAGCUGACUGAGAUGUUUAACAAGGUUCUUAUAUUUGGCGAGCCAAUGGAACCACCCGUAUGCAUUCUUCAGGAGAGUUUCCAGAAGGAACCAGAGAAAGCUUCAUCGGUUAGUAAGAGUCAUAAAGGCGAGAAACCAGCGGCUAAUGAUAAAGAAACACCUGACCUAAGGACCAUGUUGGUUUCUUGUGCUCAAGCUGUCUCGAUUAAUGAUCGUAGAACUGCUGACGAUCUGUUGACUCGGAUAAGGCAACAUUCUUCGUCUUACGGCGAUGGAACAGAGAGAUUGGCUCAUUAUUUCGCUAACAGUCUUGAAGCACGGUUGGCUGGGAUAGGUACGCAGGUUUAUACCGCCUUGUCUUCCAAGAAAACAUCUGUUUCGGACAUGUUGCAAGCUUACCAGACAUACAUAUCUGUCUGCCCGUUCAAGAAAAUCGCAAUCAUAUUCGCUAACCACAGUAUCAUGCGGUUGGCUUCUACUGCCAAUGCCAAAACCAUCCACAUCAUUGAUUUUGGGAUAUCUUAUGGUUUUCAGUGGCCUUCUCUGAUUCAUCGACUUGCUUGGAGACGUGGUUCAUCCUGUAAGCUUCGGAUAACCGGUAUAGAGCUGCCUCAACGUGGGUUUCGACCAGCUGAGGGAGUUAUUGAGACGGGUCAUCGAUUGGCUAAGUAUUGUCAGAAGUUUAAUAUUCCGUUUGAGUACAAUGCGAUUGCGCAGAAAUGGGAAAACAUCAAGUUGGAGGACUUGAAACUAAAAGAAGGCGAGUUUGUAGCUGUUAACUCGUUGUUUCGGUUUAGGAACCUUCUAGAUGAGACCGUGGCAGUGCACAGCCCGAGAGAUGCGGUUCUGAAGCUGAUAAGGAAGAUUAAACCAGACGUAUUCAUGCCCGCGAUCCUCAGCGGAUCCUACAACGCGCCUUUCUUUGUCACGAGGUUUAGAGAAGUUCUGUUUCAUUACUCAUCUCUGUUUGACAUGUGUGACACGACCCUGACACGAGAUGAUCCAAUGAGGGUAAUGUUUGAGAAAGAGUUCUACGGGAGGGAGAUCAUGAACGUGGUGGCUUGCGAGGGGACAGAGAGAGUGGAGAGGCCAGAGAGUUAUAAGCAGUGGCAGGCGAGGGCGAUGAGAGCCGGGUUUAGACAGAUUCCGCUGGACAAGGACCUGGUUCAGAAACUGAAGUUGCUGGUAGAAAAUGGAUACAAAACUAAAGAGUUUGAUGUUGAUCAAGAUUGUAACUGGUUGCUUCAGGGCUGGAAAGGCAGGAUUGUGUAUGCUUCAUCUGUUUGGGUUCCUUUGUAGAAAGUUUGUUACUUUGUUUGUCUUAAAUCCCAAGUCACUGAUUCUAGAUAGGGUUUUGUGCUGAUAGUACCUUUAUCUCACACAUGACAUCUAGAUUUGUAUAUUGGUAAAGGUCUAGGGUUCUUGCCUUCUUGAGGGGGUUUCUGUAACAGUAUUUGGUUAGUUAAGGUUCACUUAUUAGGCACAAGUGAGAGAUAGUUUUCUCCACGCAUGAUGCCAUGAUGUAAAAAAAUAUUGUACUUGUAACAUUUUAAUGUAUAUUGAUAAUGUUGGAUAA